CCUGAUACCACCAACAGCCACCACCCAUACGCGUGCCAACCAGAUAAUCCCUUUCCCUCUUCUCUGUAGUCCGCAUCCGUCAAAUCAUCAAUCAUGGAUAUCACGGCCCGCCUCGUCGAAGUCGACGUGAUGUUCGGGCGCCUCCUCAUGGUGCUGGGCGCCUACAUCGCGUUGUUCGACUUCGUCUCGACCUGCCACAUGGGCGCGGUGCAGGUCAACCUGAGAGUAUUUCGAGUUAACGUCCAGUGGUACGUCCACCCGAUCCCGCUUACGAUCAUCCUCGCCGCGGGGGUCGCCUUCUUGCUCGAGUGGGUCGUCGCCUACCUGGGCUAUUAAGGGCCGGCGACUUGCCGGAUACCAAUGACAAACACGGCAUAAUGUACCUUUCGUCUAUAAAAGGAGACCUCGAUGGCGCUUUGCGCGACUCGUUUAUAUAGCUGAGAAGGGAUGAUCACCAUUUGCAAACCUACAUCUUCUUAAGAUACUCAAGGUCUCCCUAGUCUUCGCCAUGAAUCGUCGCAGGUACGUCUUUUUCUUCGUUGUACUCUAUAACUUCGCGAUAAACUAAUGACCCUGGGCUAAGAGGCUUCCGAUGUCCUUUCACGACUUCACCCCCCGAAGAUGGAACAUAACGGUCGGAAAUAUGAGGGCAUGGAUACGGAGAUAGUAUGGGCAGGAAAUUGACCCUUUCCUUUCCUUACCUGAUUACCUGCACUA